AUGGCCAACAAGGCCGCCACCGCCAGCAUCAUCGCCGCCGUGGGCGUCGUGGCCGUCAUCGGCACGAUCGCGGCCGUCAUGACCUCCCGGAAGGCCCACGGCGAAGGCGCGCCCAUGGCCACCAGCGUCAGGCUCUCCGAGCUCUGCUCCUCCACGCAGUACCCGGAGAAGUGCGAGAAGAGCCUCAGCCCCGUGGUGAACGAGACCUCCAACCCGGAGGAUGUCUUCCGGGCCGCGCUCCAGGUUGCCCUUGACGAGGUCGGCGCCGUGUUCGUCCGCUACACCGACGUCGGCAAGGAUGCCGCUGACAGCGUGACCAAGAGCGCCAUCGCUGAGUGCAAGAAGCUCCUCAACGACGCCAUCUCGGAUCUCAAGGACAUGACAGGCCUUAGGGCCGACCAGGUGCUCCAGCACGUAAACGACCUGAGGUUCUGGCUCUCCGGUGCCAUGACGUACGUCUACACCUGCGCCGACGGCUUCGACAAGCCAGAGCUCAAGGAGGCCAUGGACAAGCUGCUCCAGAACUCCACCGAACUCAGCAGCAACGCGUUGGCCAUCGUCACCAAGGUCGGCGAGGUCCUGCAGAGCCAGGACGGCUACAAGAAGAUCGCUGGAGGGAGCCGCCGGCUUCUCGGAUGGAACAACGGCGGCGACGCCGCCACAACAGAGGAAAGCAGGCGCCGCCUUCUGGCCGUGAAUGGCAGGCUGGACGAGAUCGCCGACGUGAGAGACGCGAGCCGGCGGCUGCUGUCCGAGACGCUGGACGAGAUCGCCGAGAUGUCCCACGACGGAAGCCGCCGCCUCCAUAGCUUUAUGCUGACCGACGACGAUUCCAACGCCAACGACGGCAGCGGCCCCGAGUUCGACGUCGUUGGGCGCCGCCGGCUGAUGAUGAGCAUGGAUGCCUCGAUGUUCAGCGGCAUCUCCAACUUGAGCAAGGAAACCGACCUCGUCCGGCGCCGGCUGAUGAGCAUGUCGUUCAACGACGCGUCGUCCGAGAGCGGCGCCGAGGUUAAAUACGAUCAGGACGGAAACAAGCGCAAGCUGUUGAGCUUCUCCUUCCAGGACGAGUCGUCCAUGACCCGCGCCGAGGGUCCAGAUCCAGACGGGUACGGCCCGGUCGAAAGCCAGCGCAGGCUGCUGAGCAUGCCCUUCGAUAGCGCGUCCGCCACGACCGGCACCGAGGUAAAUUACGCCCAGGAAGGAAACAGGCGAAGGCUUCUGUCCGCGCAGAUCGAGAGCAUCGCCGACAUGUCGGCCCACAUAAACCGCCGCCUCCUCGCGACGGAACUCCCCGAGGACCUCGCCGGAAAGCGCCAGCUCCUGUCCAACACGCUCAUCAUGGUUCAGGACGUAGCCAACGAGGCCAACGGCCAGCUGGAGGCGAUCGACAAGGGCGAGGAGGAUGAGCGGAGGGUGCUGACGACGGACGUGAUCGGCACGAUCGAAGACCUCGACGACCACAACCACCAGCACCGGACGCUGCUGUCCGCCGGCGCGUUCCCGGAGUGGGUGCCAUCCAAGGCCCGGAGGCUCCUGCAGCUUCCCGGUACGCAGAAGCCCAACGCGGUGGUGGCGGCGGACGGGAGCGGCAACUUCAAGACCAUCACGGAGGCCGUGAACGCUGCUCCCAAGAAGUCCACCGCCCGCUUCGUCAUCUACGUCAAGGCCGGCGACUACAAGGAGUACGUCACCGUCCCCAAGGAUCUUACCAACAUCUUCAUGUACGGUGACGGGCCAACCAAGACCCGCGUCAUCGGCGACAAGAGCAACAAGGGGGGCUUCGCAACCAUCGCCACCCGCACCUUCUCGUCGGAGGGGAACGGGUUCAUCUGCAAGUCGAUGGCGUUCGUGAACACGGCAGGACCGGACGGGCACCAGGCGGUGGCGAUGCACGCGCAGGGGGACUUCUCGGUCUUCUUCAACUGCAGGUUCGAGGGGUACCAGGAUACGCUGUACGUGCACGCCAACAGGCAGUUCUUCCGCAACUGCGAGGUGCUGGGCACCAUCGACUUCAUCUUCGGCAACUCGGCGGCGCUGUUCCAGAACUGCCUCAUGACGGUGCGGAAGCCGAUGGACAACCAGGGCAACAUGGUGACCGCGCACGGCCGCACGGACAAGAACAUGCCCACCGGCCUCGUGCUCCAGGGCUGCAAGAUCGUGCCGGAGCAGGCGCUGUUCCCGGUCAGGUUGACGAUCCCCAGCUACCUCGGCCGGCCGUGGAAGGAGUACGCCAGGACGGUGGUCAUGGAGAGCACCAUCGGGGAUCUCAUCAAGCCGGAGGGGUGGUCGGAGUGGAUGGGUGACCUCGGCCUCAGCACCCUCUACUACGCCGAGUACGCAAACACCGGCCCCGGCGCCGGCACCAGCAAGAGGGUGACCUGGCCCGGCUACCGCGUCAUCGGGCAGGCCGAGGCCACGCACUUCACGGCCGGCGUGUUCGUCGACGGCACUAAUGGCAGCUGGGUACAAAACUCCGGCGCGCCGAACGUCAUGGGAUUCAUCAAAUGA